UAUUGUGUUAAUCUUUAUUAACUGGUAAUUUUGUCUGGAGCUCAGAAAGCAGAAAUGAGUCAUCAGUGUAUGGAAAGACACCUGCAGGACAUGAAGGAGAAGGAAAAAAUGGUGCAGCAGGUGGCAGAAGUACAUAAAAAUAUGAAGCAAGCACGAACAAAGCUCCAAAAAUGCAAACGCCAAAUAGCUCAGGAAGUGGCUGAUGAAAGUCAGGAAAUUCUACAACUGGCUUUGAAGGAAGAAGAAGAAGAAUUCAGAAAAAGAUGUGAAUUGAUUCAACAAAUAAGAGCUAUCGAGUAUGUGCCAUCCCUGAAGAAUAAAUUUGUUGAUUUAGCCCAGAAGGCUAACCAUCGUGUUUUUGGUGAGAUGUCAAUUGUGGAACUGCAAGAACGUUUAGCCUUGCUAAAAGAAGCUGAAAAAAGGGAGACAGAAAAAAAGAGGGAUAUGAUAAUCCAUGAAAAAUAUGCCAAGGAACAGUUUCUUUUGAACAAACUAGAAGAGAUCUGCAUGUUUCGAGAACAGUAUGGAAGAGCGGCUGCACUAAAACAAGAACAAAAGAAAACCAAGAUUCCUUUUUAUGAAAGUGUUUUGAAAAAUGAGGAAGUUUUAAAUUUACAGAAAAAAAUUGAGGAAAUAUCUACAGAGAGUCACAUACAGUCUGAGAGUUUAAAACGUACCACUACACCAUUCAAAGAAAGGUCAACAGGGGCUUGGAAGUCACAGAAAAAAACUCAGCAAGAGGACCAUUGGAAGAAUCUAGAAGAAAGUCGACAACGACAAUUUAAGAUGCUUCAGCAUGGUUUUAUUUCAAGAGUAGUGGCUCAAAAGAUGGUUGCAAAUGAGGCCAUGAAAAGUGGAACCACUGCUUGUAUACUGCGAUCCUAAAUUAGAAAUAAUGAUAUUUACAGAACUAUUUCUAAGUGCAUUUACCAGAAGUUUAAAGCCAAUUUAAUUAAAUGGUGUAAAAGUAAUAAAUUUUAAACUCAAAUUCCAGAGUAACUAGGAGCUGAUUCUGAUUCAUUGAAGAUUAUUUUUUAAGAUUUGCCAGAAACAUUAAUCCUUAACAGUUGAAGUAGUCUAUAUAAUGGCGAAGAGCAAAGGAAGUAGCCAUGUGCUAUGUAGUGCACAGUUUGAGUGAAUUUUUCAAAUAGAGUAAAAUUAAAAGUUUAUUAAUAUUUUUGAAUAGGUUUACCUCAGAUUUGCUUCCUUUAUAAAUGCUCCAUUUUUUAUUAUGGCAAAUUCUAUGAAAUUAAUUAUGUGCUCAUUGUAAAUUUGUUUAUUAAACUUUGUUUUAACUUACAGCCCUCUGACUUCUGCUCAGUUUGCUACAUGUAAAGUAUAGUACUGUAUAAUCAAAAGGAAAUCUGGUUGAAAUCUUCCGUAUAGCUAUAACUCUGUCACGUUUGAAAGGUAGUUAUUGAAACAAAAACUUGCAUUCUUGGG